CGAGCCCAAGUUUCAGUUUCAAGUCAGCACUCGAGCGGCACACAACUCAACGGAAUCGAGUAAAAUCCGCGACUCAAGAUGAUCUUUAAAGCCCUGGCGAUCGUAUCGCUCUGCCUGGCCAGCAUUCAGGCCUCCAAAGUGGGACCCCCGCAAUCCCAGUUGCCCAAAAAGCACCUGGUUUGUUACUACGACUCCGAGAGCUUCGUCAAGGAAGGUCUGGGCAAGCUGGUGAUCGAUGAACUGGAGCCGGCGCUGCAGUUCUGCGACUAUUUGAUCUACGGCUACGCCGGAAUAGAGCGCGACUCCAACAAGGCGGUGAGCCUGAACCAGCAGUUGGACCUCGACUUGGGCAAGGGUCUGUACCGCACGGUGACCCGAUUGAAGCGCAAGUACCCCAACGUGAAGAUUCUGCUGAGCGUGGGUGGCGACAAGGACAUCGAACUGGACAAGGACGCCAAGGAGAAGCCGAACAAGUACUUGGAGCUGCUGGAGAGCGCCACAGGUCGCACUCGCUUCGUGAACACCGUCUACUCGCUGGUGAAGACCUACGGAUUUGAUGGAUUAGAUGUGGCCUGGCAGUUCCCCAAGAACAAGCCGAAGAAGGUGCACAGCGGCAUUGGCAGUCUGUGGAAGGGCUUCAAGAAGGUCUUCUCCGGCGACUCGAUUGUGGACGAAAAGUCCGAGGAGCACAAGGAGCAGUUCACCGCCCUUCUCCGUGACAUCAAGAACGCCUUCCGACCGGACAACCUGCUGCUCUCCACCACCGUGCUUCCUAAUGUGAACUCUUCCUUGUUCUACGAUAUCCCCGCCGUGGUCAACUACCUGGACUUUGUGAACCUCGGAGCCUUUGAUUUCUAUACCCCUCAGCGCAAUCCCGAAGUAGCUGAUUAUACCGCUCCCAUUUACGAGCUGAGCGAUCGCAAUCCCGAGUUUAAUGUGGCUGCUCAAGUGAAGUACUGGUUGAGAAACAGCUGCCCCGGCAGCAAGAUCAAUGUGGGCGUGGCCACUUACGGUCGUCCCUGGAAGUUGACCGACGACUCCGGCGAGACAGGACUUCCUCCCGUCAAGGACGUCAAGGAUGAGGCUCCCGUGGGUGGCAACACCCAGGUGCCCGGCAUCUACAGCUGGCCGGAGGUUUGUGCCCUCCUCCCGAACCAAAACAACGCCUAUUCGAAGGGAGCCAAUGCCCCACUGACCAAGGUUCAGGAUCCCGCCAAGCGUUUCGGAUCGUAUGCCUAUAGGGCAGCCGAUAAGAAGGGGGAAAAUGGCAUCUGGGUGAGCUUCGAGGAUCCCGACACCGCCGCCGAGAAGGCUGGCUAUGUGCGCACCGAGAAUCUGGGUGGAGUUGCUCUAUUUGACCUGUCCUACGAUGACUUCCGAGGACUCUGCACCAACGAGAAGUACCCCAUCCUCCGAGCAGUCAAGUACCGCCUGACCAACUAAAAUGGUAACCCUUUUGACUUAAGUGUAAUUGACCAAGUGAAUGAAAUGCCUAUUAAGACAGAUUUGUACCAUUUAUAUUCGUAAUGUCAUAAAGAAAACUAGAACAUAA